AUGGUUUGCGACACGAUAACAUAUCAUCCGACUCUCACGAAACUCAUCAAUUUCCUCGAGACAAACAAUGGCCGUGACAAGCUGCUCAGAACGCUGCAAUAUGUGACGAAGUUGCUGGCUUACUAUCUGCUAAGGACAGGCUCCAGCGUGAACAACUACUAUCUCGUGAGAAGACUGCAGGACUUGUUCACGCUCAGUAGAAAGCCGUUGAGAGCCCUGAAGCCGCUGAAACACCUCAAGGCGCUCUCGGUGACUGUCGACAACGAGCUCGGCGACGGAUAUACGAAGCUGUUUGAGAGCGUCAAACAAGCCAGCUACUCGUUGUACUACGGGUUCGAUACUGUGCAAUGGCUCAAGAUGCUAGGAUUGCUGCGGAACAGAAACGGCAAACUGCUCGUGAAGGUUGAGCAAGUGUGUAGCUUCUUCUGGCUCGUGGCUCUGGUUUCGGGUCUUUUGCAGAACGUCAGACAACUCAGAGUGUCGUAUCUGAGAAAACAAGAGCUGCUCAAAGAGCUGGCCUCAGGCGACGACCAGGAUCCACUGGACAAGAGAGGCAACCUUGAGAAGCAGAAAGAGACCCUCGACACCCAGAAUGCCCAGCUCUACAAGGCAAAGAGGGACCUGGUGAUCCAUGCUCUCAACAGCCUGGUGGCCAUCAACGGCCUCAGCCAGAAACGUGUCAACAAUGGUGUUGCAGGCGGCGCUGGCGUGAUCACUAGUAUUUUGCAGCUCCAAGACCUGUGGAACGCCACUAGCACGGCCGAGUCUUCUGUGAUAUGA